AUGGUUGCCGAGACCAAGCUCUAUGACGCCUUGAGCGUCAAGCCCAAUGCCACGCAAGAUGAGAUUAAGAAAGCAUACCGCAAGGCAGCAUUGAAGCACCACCCGGACAAGAACAAAGACAACUCCCAGUCUGCUGAUAAAUUCAAAGAGGUGUCGCAAGCCUACGAAGUCCUAUCCGAUCCCGAAAAGCGCAAGGUCUAUGAUCAGUUUGGCCUCGAAUACCUGAUGCGCGGCGGCCCCGCCCCGCCCCCGCCAGGGGGAGGCGGAGGCGGCGCAACUGGCUUUGACGGCGGUAUGCCCGGAGGCGGCAUGCCCGGAGGAUUCAACUUCGGCAUGCCCAGCGGUGGAGGAACCCGGAAGUUCCACUUCUCGACCGGUCCUGGGGGUGGGUUCAGUUUCAGCGAUGCCAACGACACCUUCCGCAAUUUUGCCAAGGACGGCGGCGGCAUGGGUGGUAUGGGCGGCAUGGAUGAAGACGACAUCUUCUCCAUGCUCGGAGGAAUGGGCGGCGGUGGCGGCAGCGCCGGCUUCCGUAGCAGCCGUCCGGGAUACUCGAAACCGAAACGCGCACCUACACCUGAGCCAACUAUCAUCGAGAAAGACCUGCCAUUAACUUUGGAGGAACUUUACAGUGGUACAUCUAAAAAGGUCAAGACGAAGAGCAAGGCUUUUGACAGUACGGGCAAGCUCACUACCAAGGAGGUGACUUUGGAAGCCAACAUCAAGCCUGGACUGCGUGCUGGCUCGAAGAUCAAGUACAGAAAUAUUGGGGAUCAGGAAGAAGGGGGACGGCAGGAUGUUCAUCUGAUUGUAAAAGAGAUCGAUCAUCCUACUUUCAAGCGUUCUGGUGAUAAUCUUAUCACAACGGUCGAUCUCAGCCUGAAGGAAGCACUGACAGGCUGGGACCGCAUUGUUCGCACCAUCGACGGAAAGUCAAUCCGAGUGUCUAAGCCCGGUCCAACCCAGCCCGGGCAUGAAGAGCGCUACCCCGGUCUAGGCAUGGUGAACUCCAAGAACCCCAGCGACCGCGGCGACCUGGUCAUCCGCGCCAACGUUAGUUUCCCCACUAGCUUGACCAGCUCCCAAAAAGACAUUCUCCGGGACGUGCUGCCCUAA